GUUUACAUAUUUCCUAUGCGUUUUGGCAUUUCGCUCUCGAUUCUAAUGAUCUUGGGUUUGAAGUAUGUUGGACAAGCCGCCUGUGUGGUGUAUUUGGAGCUUAACCUCCACUUGGAAAAAAAACCGGUUGUAGUCGGCUAUUCGAUUAAUCGUGCCAUUGCUAACCUUCGUUUAAUAAAGAUUUAUAUUAUUUUGACUUUAAAGGUAAUGAAAGACCAAACUACAUACUUACCAGCCAAUUCACAUGGAUUUACAAAUGUAGAAGGAAAUAAAAAUUCUACGUUACUGUGUUUUGACAAAAAUGAUUUCAUGAAAGGAAACUUUUCUGUUGACGAAUUUUUGCAUAAAAAUCGCAACGCUCCUAGUUUGGAACAACUACGGGAUGAUUUGGGUAUAUACUUGAAAGACUUGCGAGCAUCUAUGAUCGAUUUGAUAAAUGAGGAUUAUGCCGACUUUGUUAGUUUAUCAGCUAAUCUUGUUGGUCUUGAUCAAUCCAUUGCAAAUAUAGAAAAUCCAGUGUUACAAUUCCGGAAGGAGGUCGACAAUAUUCGGUUCUGUGUUAAAGAGUGCGCCGCAGCAGUAAGCGACAAUUUGAAGAAGAAACAAAAAUUACGUGAAGAAAAGCGGAAUUUGCAAUGCCAUCAAAAAGUGCAAGAAGCAAUAAAUAAACUUAGUAGGCUUUUGGAGCAUCAAUUGAAGGAAAAAUUAAAUCCAUUUGACGUAGAGCGUGCAGCUCUAGAAUUGAUCCAAUUACAGUUCAACCGACAGUUCUGUUUGGGAAUUUUAAAUGAUGAACAAAAGAAAAACAUUGAAAGGCUUGAAAAAGAAGUAUUAGCAAAACUACGAAUAAGUUUCAGCGACGCUUUAAAGGGCUCCUCAAGCACAUGCUCAGAUUUACUAGAGCGCUGCUUACGAAUUUAUAUAACUCUUGAUGCCUGCCAAAUAGCCGAACAAGUGUUUCGUGAAGAUAUCGUUGCGCCAUAUAUGAGUACUAUUAUUUCCGAGCACUGCUUACAAAACUCUCCACAAGGUUUAUCAGGAAUAUACGGAAAGGCUUUAAAUUUUAUUUCUUUAUACAUGACUGACUUGCUACGGCUGACACAUUAUACGGACAAGCUUUGUGGCUUUAAUUUUUUAAUUAAUAGUUUCUGGGUUGAUGUAGAAAUGCGGUUAGAAACAUAUAUGCCAUCAAUUUUUGCUCCGGGAAAUUCAGAAGUUUUUUACGUUAAAUAUAAAUGCACUCGUGAUUUCUUAUCUAAAAUUGAAGAGCUCCUAGCUAAUGAUGGAGCUGUUAAGAGUUUUAGGGAGCACAAACAAACUAUAAGUUUUCAAGCACGCUGGAACUUGCCAGUAUAUUUCCAAAUAUGUUUUCAGGAAAUAGCUGGAGAAUUUGAAAGUAUUUUGGAUCCUUUGUUACAUUCCGUUUCAUUAAGCCCUAAAGAAGUGGUAGCAGAUAGUACUUUUCAGUUGGCUACAUUUGAUAGUGCGAGUAAAGCUAUUGAUCGUUGUUGGAUGGAAGGCGUCUAUCUAAAAGAGAUAUUUCCUAAAUUCUUAAAGUUAAACUUGCAAAUACUAUUACGUCUUUCUCGCUGGGUACAGGACGCCAUACAGCUCAUUACAAAUGGCGAUUUAAAAAGUAAUAGCCUUCGGGAAUAUAACCUGGAAAUGCAUAAAUCAGAUUUGCUCAUAGCACUAUAUGCAGAUUUACAGAAACUUAUAGAAAAUAUGCCGCAAAUACAGCAAAAUAUAAAUGAAAAUAUACCCUCUGAAGUGAAAAGUAUAACUACUGUGUACAAUGCCAUAGGCAAAUCUUUCAACGAUUUGCGGGAAUCGCUCAAUAAAUCUUUAUUUAUGAUUCUAGAUGCUCUGGUUGACAUUCUGGUGUUUGUGAGUGGUAUAGAAAAUGUUCGUCAAGUAAAAGAUUUGCCUCGGCUUUAUCGAAAAACAAACAGGGAGAUACCCUCAAAGCCUUCUGCAUAUGUUGACCAAAUACUACGUCCAUUGAAAUCUUUCCAAAAACAGAAAUGUUCGCAAAUGGGAAAAAUGGUGGCGUUCGAAAUUUUAAAACGUGUUUGCUCAAAGAUAACAAAAGAGUACUAUGUGGAAGUAACGGAUGUCCUCACAUCUGUUCAGAAAACAGAAGAAUCAUUACGUCGUUUGCGCAAUCUUAAGUCUGGAACUUCAAAUGCCUUUACAACAGGAGCAACAGCGAUGUCUGAUGACGAUAAAAUACGACUACAACUCCAUGUUGAUGUGAUAACAUGGACUGGGGAAUUGGCUAAGUUGGGCCUUAUGCCAUCCGAUGUUGAAAACUUGUUCAAUUUGAAUGAUAUCGUUGAGGCAAGCUCGAAAAUAAAAGGAAGAAACGACAACGAAUAAAAAGCAAACAAGAAGGAUUUAUUGUUUUGUACUAAACAUGAACAUAUUUUAAAAGUAACACUUAAGUAUAAUUAUUACUUUUUAUAUUUACAUGGUACUAAUUUACUUUCAGCUUCUCUGAUCUAG